AUGUCACCACCCAGACCCUCGCCGUUGCGGGAAGCACACGAUGGCUCCUCAUCGCAGCGCAGCGACAGCCUGCGCUCCUCCCUGUCGGCCUCCUCCCUCUAUCAACCCAUGAUGCCCCCCAUAGCCGAGCACGAGACACACCACAGCAACCGCUACUCUCAGGUCUACAACCGGAACAUCAUAUGGCCACAGCCAGGCACCCCUCUCCGCGUACCGAGAAAGUCGCCUCGAAGAGCGCUGGCGAGGAGUCAGGCCAUGUCGGCGGCCGCGGCCGCGAGAGCAGCCCAGGGAUCAAUAGGGGAGAAGGAUGGCAACUGCAUACCACCUCCGCCGUACGGUAAUACCUCCCCACCAAGAUACGGCGAAGAUACCAAGGGGGGCCCUGCAGCUGGACCGGCUGGCGAGGAGAGGAGUGGCUGGAGGGAGAGACAGUGGUUCGGCCGGCGAAGGACAAGAUGGUGUCUCUGUGGACUGUUGAUCGUGGUACUUCUUGGGCUGAUUGUCGGCUUAUCCGUCGGGCUCACCUUGGGCCGGAAGAAUGGGGGCGGCAGCUCAAAGAGCGACGGAUCUACCCCAGAGCCAUCGAAACCAGUGUUCCCCGAGGGAUCGUACUCCUUUGAGACCACACUCCAGCGCCAGGCGACGUCCUGCACAUCUCGCGAGUCGACGUGGCGAUGCUACCCGUACAAAUCCGGGUCGAACGCCACCUUUUUCUGGAUCCUGUCGACCUCAGAGAACAACGAUCUUGUGGUCACGUCUUCCGAGAACCCCUUUGCGCCCAGGUUCGCCAAUCUGACGACCAAGAUGGAGGACAAGGGGUCCGCCAACGAGAGGGUCACCUUUGAGUUUGACAUGGAGAGGACAGUCGUGCCCAGCGACGCCCUCACCUCGGAGAACCGCGCGGCGAAGUGCACGUUUCCCGAUACGAAAUUCCAGGCCACGCUGUGGACGCGACGAGGCGUGACGGGGAAUCCGGACGCCCAGGCCAGCGACAAGUUCAACGCGUGGCCAGGUGAUGUCGAGAUCACGCAGACGAAGAAGGCGGUGCUGGGCCAACCCGAGUGCGUGGACGACAAUGGCGUCCAGAUUGCCGAUGUGCAAGCAGGCAGUGGAGAUUGCGUGUGUGACUAUGCGAACUUUGAGCUUUGA